AUGCGUUCUGGCAGAGUUGUGGUCCAAUCUGGGCACUUUGUGUUCGUCGUCUUGGUGAUGCUGUCUUACAUGCUGCUGCCUCGCUACGCCAACAACGGAAGUGACGCAGUGCCCGACAACGUCGUCGCCCUGUUGUUCUUUCCUGUCUAUUCUGCCUUUAUGAUCUCCUACCAGCUGCAGUCCACCGUUGCGGUUGCCUACUUCGCUGGCUUCUCACUGGUCGUCCUUAUUGUUUUCAUAUCUCCACAAUCUGCAGAGAAUGGGUACCCGUCGGAAGGAGUAGCCUUCAUGGGGUACAGCCUUAUUUUCGUUAUGAAAGGCUUCAUUGGCGAGCGCAGCCUCAGAAGCCAGUUCAAAGCCAGACAAGCCAUUGACAUUUGCAAGACGCGCAUCGAGGGGAUUCUGGACUCCAUGAUGCCCAAGCUGGUCAUCAAUGAGCUGCAGCGAGCGUCGCCUGAUGAUGCGUUGCCGUCGCACCAUUACUUUCGGGCCACCGUGGUGCAGUCGGACCUGGCUGGAUUCACGCGCCUGGCCGGCUUGAAGAGCCCCGAGGAAGUCGUGCGCACCAUUUCACACCUGUUCGGCCUUUUCGAUGAAGAAGCUGACCGCCUGGGCAUCUACAAGGUAGAGACCGUCGGCGAUGCAUAUAUUGCAGGUCAGGCUGAACCUCCACUGACAGAGGAGAACCGGCCUCCUAGCGUCAUCGACUUCGGGCUCAGCAUGGUGAAGGCCACGCAGGAGUGGGCCAAGGAGACAGGUGAAGACAUCCAGUGCCGAGUGACAUGGCCAACAGUCCAACAGCUUGCGUGGCACUUCUUUCGGCGACAGCAGCGCUACCACCUCUUUGGCCUGCUGAUACAUCAGCUCGAGCUUUUGGAGGCCACCGCACCUCCAAACCGUGUCCAGGCUGGGCACUGGGCACUUGAGCUCCUUCACAUGGUGGGUGCUGUUUCGGACUUUAGGAUUUCAGGUUUAGCUGGCUGGCUCGGCUCUUAG